CUGCUAAAUCCACCACACCGCAAUUAACACUAGGGCGGCGGAGGCUCGGGUCUCAUUAGUCAGCGAAUCUCUUACGGCGUAUAUACGGCCUGUCUCCCUACUGCAGUACGACCAUGAACGUCGUAACAGGCACGGGUGCCGGAGUUUUAACAAUCGCUACUGGCACUACGUCUGCCCAUCACCCGCCACGACUCUCCCGUACCACCCGGGAACCGUCAGAUGUUUACCGUGAAGGACUGAAAAGAUGCGCCCAAGUGCCGUCGGUAUGCCGUGCUACCUCUCCGCGCCCUUCGAGUGGACUAACAUUUGCGAGAAGACGGCACAGCCAAAGCCUGGAUUCCCCUUAUCUCUCACGGCCUCGAAUGAAGCGACGUGGCGCUGUAUCCUACGACAAAAACGACGCGGCUGCGGAGUACAUCAGAUACCUAGGCGACACGCUCAACCAGCAGAGACAUGUCCAGACAUGUACCCCUCUUGCAGAGCUACCUGCCAACAAAUUAGUUUCACUCUCCGUGCCCUCCCGACGCCACAGUCGCCGUGGCUCUAUUCAGAACCACACUUCCCAGCAGUGCUACAAAGACCUCCUCAAGGGCUCUAUCCUACAAAGAGUAGGGGCCGAAGAACAAGCCAGACUCAUACAGGAACUCCUGCGCAAGGCUGACCACUGGGAUUUUGACAUCUUUGCCUUCAGAAGGGUCACUGGGGGUCGUCCACUUUUCCACAUGGGUCUACACCUCCUUCAACAGCACCAUCUCAUCUCUUACUGGAACCUGGAUAUCAUGAAAGUCAUGAAGUUUCUCGCACUAGUCGAGUCUGCCUACCAUCCUGACAACUGCUACCACAACUGCACACAUGCAGCAGAUGUAGCACAAGCUCUCCACUGCCUUCUAAUGGAGCCUAAGUUGAACAGUAAUAUUACACCAUUGGAACUGCUGGCAAUCAUGAUAGCUGCACUCUGUCAUGACUUGGACCAUCCUGGGGUCAACCAGAGUUUUCUGCUGAGUACUUCCAGCUAUUUGGCCUCCAUUCAUGGGCAAACGAGCAUCCUGGAGCAGCAUCAUUGCAGGGCCACCAAGGCCAUUCUGAGAGAGGUGGGUCUGCUGGACCACCUGCCAGAUCAAGAGAGAGAGGAGAUCAUCUCUCUGAUGGAAGAGCUUAUCCUGUCCACUGACUUCACCAGACACAAGACCUUCAUGGCCACCUUUGAGGGAAUGUUAGUGUCUGACCACUCCAUAGAUCUUUCAGAGCCUUCAGUCAGGAAGUUUGUUCUUAAGAUUGCCAUAAAGGCUGCUGAUGUAAGCAACCCAACUCGUCCCCUGGAGAUCAGCAGGACAUGGAGUGAACACAUUAUGGAAGAGUUUUUCAGACAAGGUGACUGUGAAAGAACAAUGAAUUUGCCUAUCUCAUACAUGUGUGACCGGUACACAAUUUCACUUCCUGAGUCACAGUCAGGAUUCAUGGAGUUCUGUGCACUGCCUCUGUACAAGGCAUGGUCAAAGCUCUGUGGCUCUAAGCUAUCUAUUUCUCUGUGCAAGAAUGUGGUAAACAACAAGACAUGGUGGGACCAACGCAUCCCGAAGUCUGACUCUGAGGAAGACUGCUAAAUCCACCCUUCUUUUACAUGCAUGCACUCCUCUUGUGUGUUAUCAUUCCUGAAAAACUUAUGUUAUUUUGUUAUAAUAAUAAUGGUCCGCCCAGAUGCUGGUUAAAAAUGCAGUAAAACAUGAGUGAUACUGGUACAGAGUGUUAGGUAAAAAGAAGAGUUUCUGUCAGAGAAUCUGCAUUACUACUCCAGCUGCAAUGGUGGAAUCACCAGACCGGAGCAUGAACCUGCCCAGCUCCCUGCAGUCCUGGUAGAGCUCCAUACAAACAGGUCUUGAAAUGUCUAGCUGGAUCACAGCAGUGCUGUUCCCACUAAGGCAUCUGGGUUUUCUCUUGAGCACUUCGCCAGACCCUUUGUGAAGCACUGAUAUAAGUUUGGUAACAAUGGCAGGCUCAUUAACACAAAGAUAGUGCAUUACAACCUAAAAUAAAUGAAAUAACGUUAUAACAAGCUCUUACCAAUGCAAUAUGUUUUUAGUUAGAACCUCAACAAUACAAUGGUAUCAGGGAAAAGCUGCAUACCCAGUGCUUCCAAUUGGGAAAUCCUCAACACAGACGUAUUUAUUUCCACACAGUGAAUUUAUAACAACAAGAGUUCAGCUUCUUAAUUGGCCUCCAACUCACCGGAAAACCAUUUGUGAUUGGUGUACUGAUAUUGAAGGUGAUAACCCUUGCUUGUAUUUUACUAGUGGUCUUUGCUGGAUUAUCCAUACUGCACAACACGUUUCCAAUACUGAAAAUAGCAAAUUGGCGUAACACAGGAAUAUAUAUAUGUACAUAGGGUAGUUAUCACACUGCUUUUUUGGUACACAUGACAUCGUUAUAAGCUUCAGUUCUAGUAUCUGUCCUACCGAGGGUGAAAACUUGGGAGGGAAAUAUACGCAAGGAUAGACUAUUAUACAAAGAGAAUCAAACCUGUUCUUUUACAUUUAACAUUCAGCAGGCGGCUAAUUGAAGGGCUGGACCAUGAUGUCGAUAUGCACGGUUUCUUGCUAGCUCGCUGAGAAUCUGAAAAGGCGUAGAUGGCGUUCUAGGCAUUGUGGGACUCGAUACUUGCCUUCCACCAUAACGUGUUUGUAGCCCAAUUCCAGAGUAUGCUCAAUCAAAGAGGCAAAGCAGUGCCCUAUGCCCUCUUUGGAUAAUAUUGUGCAUGUGCAUUAUUUGUAUGAGCCGGCUAAUGCCAUCAUUCAUACUAAAGCAUACAGACAAGCCUC